AUGACAGGUUCUGAAGAACAGGAUGGCAUUCGUUUGAACAAUAUAAGUAUUCAAAACUGGCAUGUCCCAGACGUUGAAGUUCCUACGUAUGAUAGAAAAGCUUUGAAAGAAGGGAUUGUCCACUUAGGUGUGGGUGGAUUUCAUAGAUCUCAUAUGGCGCUUUACAUUCAUCGGCUGUUGCAGGAACAUGAUGCCAAAGACUGGUCAAUCUGUGGAGUUGGUUUGAUCAAACCAGAUGCUCGUAUGCGUGAUGCGCUACAAAGUCAGGAUUGCUUGUACACGCUGAUGGAACGUGGUAUAGAUGAAUCGGUUACUCAGAUUAUCGGGUCAAUUACUUCGUACCUGUACGCGCCUGAAAAUCCUAGAGCGGUGAUCGAGAAAAUGGCAAGCCAAGACACAAGAAUUGUGUCUUUAACAGUUACUGAAAGUGGUUACUAUCACAGUGAAGCAACGGCUUCCUUGCAAUCUGAUGACCCAGCGAUUCAAAACGACCUGAAGAACUCAAGCAGCCCACAAACCAUCUAUGGCUAUUUAUAUGAGGCUUUGUUAAUUCGUUAUGAAAGAGGGCUUACUCCAUUCACCAUUAUGUCCUGUGAUAAUAUGCCGGACAAUGGUAACACUUUGAAGUCGAUGCUUAUUGCUUUCGCUAAAUUGAAAGAUUCCGAUUUUGCAGCUUGGAUAGAGAAAUGUAUUGCUGCACCUAACUCUAUGGUCGAUCGUGUGACUCCGCAAACGACAGAGAAGGACCGCAUUUAUCUCUCCAAGAUCUUGGGUAUUAAGGACAAUUGCCCCGUCGUCUGUGAGCCAUUCUCUCAGUGGGUUCUCGAAGAUAACUUCUCGCAAGGUGCACCGGACUGGGGAAAGGUUGGGGUCCAAGUUGUUGCCGAUGUGGGGCCUUACGAAUUGAUGAAGUUGCGCUUGCUGAAUGGAACGCAUUCUGCAAUGGGUUAUUUGGGUUUUCUGGCGGGGUAUCAGUAUAUUCAUGAGGCAAUUACAGAUCCACUCAUCAAUAAAUACAUUCGAACCAUGAAUCACGAGGAAGUGAUACCUUUGUUACCAAAGAUCAAAGGUAUAGACUUUGGCGAGUACUCUCACACUGUUCUGGAAAGAUUCUCGAAUCCGGCUAUCAAAGAUCAAGUCUCACGUAUCUGUUUAAUGGGUUCUGGUAAGAUGCCCAAGUAUGUUCUGCCCUCAAUUACUGAACAACUAGCUAAAGCCGAUGGAAAAUAUGAGCUUUUAACUCUGGGUGUUGCAGGUUGGUUCAGAUACUUGACGGGUUACGAUAUGGUUGGAAAAGAGUUUGAGAUCCAAGACGUCAUGGCAUCGACCUUGAUCCAGGCAGCAAGAGAAGGUGGCCGCAACCCUCAGCCUUUGUUGAACAUCAAAACCCUUUUUGACGCAGACCUGAGAGAUAACAAGGAAUUUGUGCAAAAGUUGACCGAAGCACUAGAGUAUGUUUCCGAUAAGGGACCUUUAGAGGCGAUUAAUCACUAUUUGAGAGACUAUCAAGACUGA